AUGUUGCGCUCUCCGUCUUUCUGGGUGCUCGCCACUGCAACAGCCCUAAUUAAGCCAUCACUCGCUCAAUUCCCACCGACACCUGAGGGAGUGACAGUACUGGAUUCGAAGUUCGACGAGAACAUCAAGAUCAGCUACAAAGAGCCCGGCCUCUGUGAGACAACUGAAGGCGUAAAGUCGUACGCUGGCUAUAUCCAUCUCCCUCCGGGAACGCUUGAGGGAGUAGGCCAGGAGCAAGACUAUGCUAUCAACACAUUCUUUUGGUUUUUUGAAGCCAAGAACGACCCAGAGAAUGCGCCACUAUCAAUAUGGAUGAACGGUGGCCCCGGAAGCUCCUCCAUGCCAGGUCUCUUCAACGAAAAUGGUCCUUGCUAUAUCAACAGGGAUUCCAACUCGACCACCCUCAGGGAGUGGUCAUGGAAUGAUAAUGUCAACAUGAUCUAUAUCGAUCAACCUGUCCAAGUCGGAUUUUCAUACGACUCCCUGCGAAACGUCACCAGAGACUUGUUUGGCGGUACACAGACACUGAACGCUUCCGACCCGAUUCCACAGCAGAAUACUACCUUCCAGACGGGGACUCUGGCAAGUGGUGAUCGCAAUUCGACCAGCUGGGGCAGCCGCAACGCCGCCAUCGCCCUCUGGCAUUUCUCCCAGGUGUUUUUCCAGGAAUUCCCCGGUUAUCACCCCAACGAUGGCCGCAUCAGUAUUGCUACCCAGUCCUAUGGCGGCCGCUAUGGGCCGGCAUUCGCAGCCUAUUUCCAGGAGCAAAACGAGAAGAUCGAGAAUGGCACGUGGGACGGGACGGACGGAGAGAAGUACAUCUUGAAUCUUGACUCGCUGCUCAUUGUCAACGGCUGCAUUGACCGCCGGGUCCAAUGGCCCUCAUAUCCUGAGAUGGCUUUCAACAACACAUACGGAAUAGAGACAGUCAACGAAACCGUAUAUGAAGGCAUGGUAGACGCAUUCUAUCGCGAGGGCGGCUGCCGUGACCGGAUCGACGCCUGUCGCGAGGUCGCUGCCAUAUACGACCCCGAAAACAUCGGUACAAACGCCACCGUCAAUGAUAUUUGCGAGGAUGCAGAAACAUACUGCACCAACAACGUCCGAGACCCGUACCUGGAGAUAGCCGGCCGUGAUUACUACGACGUGACUCAGGUCGACCCAACGCUGUUCCCUCCGCCGUUCACUCCAGGGUAUCUCAACCAGCCGUGGGUUCAGUCUGCUCUCGGCGUUCCCCUGAAUUUCACUGGAAGCUCGUCCGCCUCGUCUUCGGCGUUCCGUGGAAUCGGGGACUACCCUCGUCCGGGUUGGAUCGAGGACAUUGCCUACCUCCUGCACAACGACAUCAAGGUCUCGCUGAUAUACGGUGAUCGAGAUUUUGCGUGCAACUGGAUCGGCGGCGAGCAAGUAUCUCUAGCCAUCCCUUGGGAUGACCAGGAAAACUUCGCUGCGGCGGGUUACCAGCCGCUCGUGACUAACAGCACCUACGAGGGCGGACAGGUUCGGCAAUAUGGCAACCUGUCGUUCAUCAGGGUGUACCAAGCUGGCCAUGCCACACCGUCAUACCAGCCGGAGUCGGCCUACCGUAUAUUCAACCGGGUUCUCUUCAACCGCGACGUUUCGACUGGCGAAAUCGACACUGCACUGAACUCUACGUAUGGUACUGUGGGUCCCGCAGACACCUUUGCUAUUAAGAGUGAAGUCCCUCCCCAGUACGAGGACUUCUGCUAUAUGCUUGACCCGAGCACAUGUACAGAAGAGCAGGUUGCGGCUCUACGUAACGGCACCGCUGUCAUCGAGAACUAUAUCGUGACCGAGCCGGCUUAUAAUACUAAUGCCAACCGUGGUGCGAAGAUUAAGGCGAGAAAUAUGUGA